CCCCCCCCCCCCCACCUUUCUGUCAGACUGCAUAGGGGGAUGUCAACAAGGAUAGCAUGAGAUAUAUGCUCUUCAUAAAAUAUUUUUAAGGUUAAGUGGUGAGAUUUAAAGGGACGUCGGCUCUUCUGCCCUGGGGGGAGCUAAGCUGGCAAUGGCAAAGGUCCCCACCCCUCCCCCGCCAGGGGAAAUGGCCACCGGGCCCGUGGCUGAGAGCUGGUGCUACACGCAGGUGAAGGUAGUGAAGUUCUCCUACAUGUGGACCAUAAACAACUUCAGCUUUUGCCGAGAAGAAAUGGGGGAGGUGCUGAAGAGUUCAACCUUCUCGUCUGGUCCAAAUGACAAGAUGAAAUGGUGUCUGCGUGUGAACCCCAAAGGGCUCGAUGACGAGAGCAAGGACUAUUUGUCGCUAUACCUGCUGCUCGUCAGCUGUCCGAAAAGCGAAGUAAGGGCGAAGUUCAAGUUCUCUUUGCUCAACGCGAAGAGAGAGGAAACUAAAGCCAUGGAAAGCCAAAGAGCAUACCGGUUUGUUCAAGGGAAGGACUGGGGAUUCAAGAAGUUCAUUAGGAGAGAUUUUUUGCUUGACGAAGCAAACGGCCUCCUACCCGAUGACAAACUCACGCUGUUCUGUGAGGUGAGUGUAGUCCAGGACUCCGUGAACAUCUCCGGCCAGUCCAACAUGAACAUGCUGAAGGUUCCGGAGUGCCAGCUGUCGGACGACCUCGGGAACCUUUGGGAAUUCUCCCGUUUCACCGACUGCAGCCUUUACGUAUGCGGGCAGGAGUUCAAGGCUCACAAAUCCAUAUUAGCAGCGAGAUCGCCUGUUUUUAAUGCCAUGUUCGAGCACGAAAUGGAGGAAAGUAAAAAAAACCGCGUAGAUAUAAGCGACAUUGAGCCUGAUGUUUUCAAAGAGAUGAUGAGCUUCAUUUACACAGGGAAAGCACCGAAUCUGGAGAAAAUGGCUGACAACUUGUUGGCUGCAGCAGACAAGUACGCUCUGGAGAGGUUAAAGGUCAUGUGUGAGGAAGCGCUGUGCAGCAGUCUCUCCGUGGAGAAUGUGGCCGAUGUCCUCAUCCUCGCAGACCUGCACAGCGCAGAGCAGCUGAAGGCACAAGCCAUAGAUUUCAUUAACAGGUGCAGCGUCCUGCGACAGCUGGGCUGUAAAGAUGGAAAAAACUGGAAUAGCAAUCAUACGACGGACAUAAUGGAGACGGCCGGCUGGAAGUCAAUGAUCCAGUCGCACCCUCACCUGGUGGCCGAAGCGUUCCGCGCACUGGCCUCUGCGCAGUGUCCUCCUUUCAGUCUGCCCCGCAAGAGGCUCAAACAGUCUUGACCGCUUUUUUUUUUUUUUAAAAAAAAAAGACUUUCCUGGGGGCAAACAUGGGAAGCUUUGGACUGCUGUGUGAACCUCUUCCUGUUCCCCCACUACUUGAUUCAGUUCAAUUCAGUUUAUUUUUAUAACAGAGUUGCCCCAAACUGGUUCACAUAUACAUGUGUAAUUCUGAUUGAUCUCUGGUUGACCACAAAUGUGUAACGUUUAACUUGUUUAUCAGACGGAAUUGUUCAGUUUCACCCCUCAGCCUUUCUCAGUUUCAGUAAUGUCAGAUGGCCUUAAAACUUUAUGCCAUUUCUCCAGAGUUUAUAUUAUGUCUUUAUUUAACUGUGUGCCUGCCUUGUCAAGAGAGACCAGGCUUUCUCCAGAUUGCACUAGUUCCCAUAAUGCAGUGUUUUUUUUUAUCACAGAGUUCUAUAUGAAUGCGUCAUUGAUUUAAUGGGAGACACUGCAUAUGUCGAAUGUUUAGCCCUGUUUGUUAGCUGACAUUUUAAAAGUGCGAGCCUUCCCAGUGAAAGUCCAUUUCCUCUUUUUACAGUUGAGAUAUGCCCCAUAUUGAUGGCACCGUUUUCUCACAAAGGAAGCUUACCAUCUUAAGUACAGGCGUGUGAGCAUGAACCAGACCUAUUGGAUGGGAAUACUUGAGUGACUUGCAGUAUGAGAAUUUUUGUAAUGCGGAUGUAAAGAAAUGAACUGAAUACUUUUUGUAUUCUGGAUCUGUUUUAAAAAAUAUUGGUAAAAUAUGAAGAUUUUGUUAAGAUUUUACUUGUAGUGGA